AGGGGUUCUUAAUUAACCCAAGUAACUCAUAAACGCUGAUUACUCUUUAUCUCUUUUAAACGUCUCUGAUUUCUGUUUCAAAAUCUAAUAUCAUAACAGUCUCAUAAUCCAAUAACCUCUUCUUUGCACUUUGCAGGGAUCUGGGUCUUCCUUAAUUUUCCAAAAAAAAAUACCAAAGCACACACUUUUUUUUUCACUCAAAGAAGAGAGAUUUGCAUCAUUAAAGCUGAAGGCUUUACUUUGAUAAAUGAAUCUUGGUCCAUUUCUUACGCUGUGAAGCAGAUUCUGAAAUCUGGGUACUUUACAUUUUUUGCAAAAUCGGCGUACAUUGGCAAACAAUUUUAGUGUUCUUGAGUAUUAUACUUGUAGUCUUGAGACUCCAAGUAUUUGACCCCAGAUCUUGAAAUGCUUUGAGUAAAGCCGAUUUUUUUUUCCUUAUAAAGGGUAGAAUUAGUAUAGAAUGGCUCACAGCUCAGAGCAAAGGUUUUGGUGUCAGGGUGUUUUAAGAUAUGUUCUUGCUUUUCUUUGUGUAUGUUCGGUUGGUUACAUUGUUGGUCCAACACUGUUCUGGCAUCUGAAGGAGAAGUCAAGGGCUCAGGCGUCAUGUCCUUCUUGUGUUUGUAAUUGCUUUUACGAGACAGACUUUCUUUUACCACCAGGGUUGGCCAACAGCACAUACUCAGAUUGCGGUAAAAAUGAUCCAGAUGUAAAUGAAGAACUGGAGAAGGACAUUGUAGCUUUACUGUCUGAGGAGAUUGCUUUACAGAAGAUUGUAAGCAAUGAUACCUUGGAGCGCAGCUGGGCGCUAACAAUGGAUACUAAAAGAGCCUCCUUACACUACCAGAAAGAAGCAGAAAAGUGCAAUGCAGGAGUAGAAACUUGUGAGGAAGCCAGGGAAAGGGCUGAAGCUGAACUAAGAGAGGAGCUUAAGCUCACAGCGUUGUGGGAGAAACGAGCUCGUGAACUUUGGUGGCAAGAUAGCGAGAGAGAAUUUACUUGAGUGUGGAUGUAUAUCUUUAGCUUGGUUUUUUAUUAGAAAUAUUUCAUCUUCCACUUGUAUUAGAUAUUGAAAAAUUAUAACAUUUAAG